CAACCAGUGAAAGCUUGGACUUUCCUACACCCUAGGUCGUGAUAACCACAAACUGCUCCAAAGUGAACCCGCAGCCUCGAACAUCCUCAGCCGUCCCUCCCUGAUCAGCUUGCACUCGCAAACACAAACACACCACACAACACCCUGACACCAUACAUUCACUCCACUCACAUCAUCCCGUUCACAACUCAACACCUACCAUUCGCAAAAUCGUACAAGCUUAACUUCACGAUGCCGUCGCCCACCACAACAAACCCACCGAUCGCUAUUACUCCUAAACCCAGUCCAUCAAAUAACACCCACCACCUACGACGCAAACGCUCAAACUCAGACACCCAUCUCACGUACAUCCGCUCGCAAUCCGCCCACCGCAGCGCACUCUUUCACUCCGCCGCCACCGCAAUGAGCACAGCAUCAUCAUCCACCUCCGACCCACUGACCUCCCUCCUUGCCAAACACACCUCGCUCCGCACCUACGCCGACACGCUCAUUUCGCGCACACAUACAGAUCCACGCCUGCAUCCAAUGCAGCGCCGCGACGACGGCUACACACACUACGACCGGCUGGCACGCGGGCACAAGCACAAGCACGAGCACGACGAGAUUGACGCAACGGCGCGGUGGCGGUUCCGGUGGUAUCUUGCGAGCGGAGAGCGAGGGGAGAACGCGGAAGAGAGCGAGUUGAUGGUGUUUGAGGAGCUGCGGGCGUGUGCUGCGGAGACGGCGUGUAUUGUGGCGAAGACGAAGAGGAUGGGAUUGAAAGGAUGGCUUGGGGGCCGGGAAUGGGCGUGGGGCGUAGCGGCAUUGGCAGUGGGGUAUGAGGUCCAUGAUGCUACGCUGUUGCGGUUGAAGGCGCUAUUACAAUAUGGGUUGAGGAGGUUGGAUGAGAGUCCAGGGGCGGAGGGGGCUGUGACAGGCGUGGUGAAGGCUGCGGUAAGGGUCUGGGCAAUGCUGGAGCAUGAUCUGAAGAAUGUGCGGCUGAUGUAUCUUGUUGAUGUGGUGAAUGCUUGGAAGGAGAAAAUGGCAGUGAGUCGAGCUUAUGUGCACUUGCUUCUUUCAGCUGACUCGAGGUCUCAGGAGGCUCCAGAAGGUCCAAAGCGGAAGAAUGUGGACAAAGACGGCUUUCCCUUUCCGUUGGUGUUGGCAGUGCCGCGUACCAGACGCCGCCAGACAGUGACGGCUGAGACACCGUUGCCAGACCCAUUCCAAGACAACAGUGAUAACGAGGAGAGCGGCGAUAUGCCCUCAUCGCCUUUAAUAUCGGAAAGUGAUCGGCCUGUGGAACAUUCCGACGACGAACAGGAUGAGGGCUUUGGAAAAGGCAUGGAGAUUGGGUAUGCAUUAAAACGAAUGAGCUUGAAACCGACUGUGGAAAGGAGAACGACAUCUUGAGCAGGCAAAAGCCAGUGUGAAAGGAAUCACAAGCACAUUGAGACAGGCCCAGAGGUUGUUUUCGGGCUU